AGACAGAGACUGAAAAGAAUAAAAGAAUCCAUAAAAAAAUGUGGUUAAAUUGGGAAAGAAAAAACUAAAACUCAGAAAUUCAAACCAGUCCCAAACAAGAAAAAAACCCAGACAAUAUUUUUACCUUAACUGCUAAAAAAGAAAAAAUUCUUCACCAAAGAAAUUUGGUGGGAUAAAAAUAAAUGAAAAGUUUGAAAAGUUGGAUUUCAGUUUUCACCUUGGAGGAUUUUUGAGCUUUACUGGGCGAGUUAAGUUGUUGAAGUGAUGUUGGAUAGUUCAGUUUUCUUGGAGAAUUCUGGCGGUGGUGGUGGCUCAGGUUCAGAUGGGGUGGCGGUGGAGCUCAGGAAUGAGGGCGGCAGCGCCGGUGCUGGUGAUGAGGGUGACCGGAAUUCAGCUGGGAAUCGGUGGCCGCGUGAGGAAACUUUAGCUUUGCUGAAGAUAAGGUCUGAUAUGGACCUAGCAUUUCGUGAUUCCACUCUUAAAGCUCCUCUCUGGGAUGAAGUUUCCAGGAAAUUAGGUGAGCUUGGAUUCCAUCGAAGCGCCAAGAAAUGCAAAGAGAAAUUCGAAAACAUCUAUAAGUAUCACAAGAGAACCAAAGAUGGCAGAUCCAGUCGGCAGAAUGGAAAAAACUAUAGGUUUUUUGAGCAAUUAGAGCUUUUGGAUGGCCACUUCUCGGUUCCAUCAACUCCCUUGAACCAAAUUCCUUCAUAUGCAAUGGAAACGGCAGCAAUAGCAACGUCAACUCCGACAACAUCAGUGAUGGCGAAGCCCAUAAGUUCUAGUCAAGAUUUUACUAUUCCUUGUUCAAAUCAAGAUCCCAAUGCUGAAUUCAUGUCUGCCUCCACAUCCACUGCGUCCUCCUCGGGGAAAGAUUCCGAAGGGAGUGUUAGGAAAAAGAGGAAACUAGUAGACUAUUUUGAGAGGUUGAUGAAGGAUGUCUUGCAAAAGCAAGAGGAUUUGCAAAACAAGUUUUUAGAAGCCAUAGAAAAAUGUGAGAAAGAUCGAAUAGCUAGAGAAGAAGCAUGGAAAGUGCAAGAAAUGGCUAGAAUAAAGAGAGAACAAGAGUUUUUAGCCCAAGAAAGAGCAAUUACAGCGGCUAAGGAUGCAGCGGUGCUUGCUUUCUUGCAAAAGAUAACACAGCAGACGCUCCCAUUGCAGAUGUCAGAAAUUCUGACUCCAUUGUUUGACAAACCUUCUGAUAAACAAGAAAAUAUUUUGGAGAAACAACAAGGUUAUUCACAAGAUAAUGGUGUUGGCGAAACUUCUAUGCACGCUGACAAACAAGAUCAUAGUGCUGGUGAGAUUGCUAUUCAGACGAGUUCUUCACGAUGGCCGAAAGCAGAAGUUGAAGCUUUGAUUAUGCUUAAAACUGAUCUUGAUUUGAAAUACCAAGAUAGUGGACCAAAAGGGCCAUUGUGGGAGGAAGUCUCAACUUGUAUGAAGAAGCUUGGUUACGAUAGAAGUGCUAAGCGGUGUAAAGAAAAAUGGGAGAAUAUAAACAAGUACUAUAAGAGAGUAAGAGAGAGCAACAAGAAGAGGCCCCAGGAUUCGAAAACAUGCCCAUAUUUUAACAUGCUCGAGUCUCUUUAUGCAAAGAAGUCCAAGAAAUCUGAACACAACUCAGAUAAUGGUGGUUGUAACCUGCAGCCCGAACAAAUUUUGAUGCAAAUGAUGGGCCAACACCAACAGCAGCAACAACCACAACAGUCGAUAGGAGAAUAUGGAGACAGUGAUCAUCAAAACCAAGAAGAUGAUGCAGAGGAUGAACAAGAUGAUGACAGUGGAGAUGGUUACCAGAUUGUUGCUAAUAACCUGUCUUCGGUGGCUACCCUGGAGUGAGGAGAUAAUCCUGAAGUUCUUUCUUGAACUCGAAAGUGGAUGAUAUCUUGGAAAUUAUUCAAGGUUUCCUAAGAAAUGGAGGUCAGAUUUUUGUGCAAUGAGUGAGGGAUACAUAUGAUACAUAAAGCUCAGCAUUUGAAGCAGCACCAACCCAAUGCGUAUCUUCAACUGAUGCUGGCUCUGGAAAUAGUCGUGCGGAGAAUUAUAUCGCCCCUUUUUCGCUUUUGAUACCGGUUUGAUUCACACUGUUUGUUAUAGUUACUAGCUGUUUGUUGAGUUUGCUUGUACUAAUAAUGAUAAAUCAUCAUCAGUAAUUAUAUCUGAAUAAAGGGUGACUUGGAUAAAUUCAUUUAUA